GAGAGAGAGAGAGAGAGAGAGAAGAGAUGGCUUUCAUCAACACCCAAACUCCUUACAUGUUCCCGGCCGUCCCCUUUACUGGAAAAAUCCGAGGAGGGCUGAAGGAGGGACUUGAGAUCAAAAUCAAGGGGACCAUCAACUCUUCCGCAGAUAACAUCAUCGUGAACUUUCAGACCGGCUCCGGUGGCAAUGACGUCGCCUUCCAUUUCAAUCCCCGGUUUGAAGAAGGCGGGUAUGUGGUUUGCAACACCAGGCAGCAGGGACAGUGGGGGCCUGAGGAGAGGACGAUGAAGAUGCCCUUCAAGAAGGGGAUGCUCUUUGAGCUGUGCUUCCUGGUGCAGGAGUCGGAUUUUGAGGUGACGGUGGACAGGAAAUUCUUCCUGCAGUACUCACACCGCGUGCCCUACGACCUCGUGGACACCAUCGCUGUCUCCGGCUCCUUGAAGCUGUCCAUCAUCACCUUCCAGAACACCUCUGUGGGGCGAUGCUCUGAGACCUUCCAGUUUCGGCGGACCUCCAACUGGUGCAAACCACAAUCUCCAGGCAUUCAGUCUGCCCAUCAGGCUCAGGCACCCAUGGAUCAAACUGUCAACACAGUUCACAGCGCCCCUGGACAGAUGUUCCCUACUCACGGAAUCCAGCCUGUGAGGUACCCCACCUCCCAUCUUGCACCUUUCAUCGCCCUCAUCCCAAGUGGGCUUUACCCGUCCAAGUCCAUCAUCAUAUCAGGCAUGGUCCUGCCAGACGCUACGAGGUUCCACAUCAACCUUCGUGCUGGGACUGACAUUGCUUUCCACCUGAACCCCCGUUUCGAUGAGCAAGCCGUGGUCCGAAACACCCAGAUCAACGAGUCCUGGGGGCCCGAGGAGCGAAGUCUGCCCGGGGAAAUGCCCUUCAGCCGAGGCCAGAACUUCACAGUAUGGAUCUUGUGUGAGAGUCACUGCUUCAAGGUGGCCGUGAACGGCCAGCACCUGUUCGAAUAUGCCCACCGUCUGAUGAACUUGGCAGCUAUCAACAAUCUGGAAGUGGCCGGUGACAUCCAGCUGACCCACGUGCAGCCAUAGGCAAGGUCUCUGGCCUAGGAACGAGGGCUAGGGCACCCUGUCUGUCUUGCUACCUCUUCCCUGUUUCAGCCCCAGUUUCCCAAAGCCCCCCAUCAGAAGAGCCUCACUGACAGGAGUCCCUGGAAGGUGAAAUUCCCAAUUCACUCCCCUCCACAAAGGGAGUGUCUUGGGCCAUGUGGCAUAUGGCUGUCAGCCCACAGCCCCAGCCACUGCUCCAAGCUAGUUAUACCCUGGGAAGUGACCUCCUGGGGUUUGCCCCUCUCUCUGUCCCUUUUCCUGUAUCCCUCCUUCCCUUUGCCCCUCCAGAAAGGCCACCCUGAUGUCAUCCUGCUGGCCUCCAACUGACCAGAAUGUCCUUGUUAGCUCUUCCCCAUCCUUGUCCUGUGUCCAUAAAAUAAAGAAAUAAUAAUGCUUGUCUGCA